AUGCUGAGGCUGAUGAACUCCUUAACUGAUCGACCAGGCUGGGAGGAGCUGGUUUUUGAUGCUUCUACCAUGCAGACUUGCCGAAGUGAAGUCAUGGCGCAAUUACCAUUGAUCAGCCCCAAGGCAUGGGAAUGGAGCGAGGCUGAGCUGCGUGACAAAGCGCAGCGAUGGCAGGAGACUGGUCUAAUUGUGGUUCUGAAUGCUGGCAGUGGUGUGUGUAAGUCAGACACCAUCAUUCCUCCUGCAGUGACCGCAGAGAUCCAGGACUUCGUCACUUCUGCCUUAAACGAGUCUGCUGGGCAAGGCAACCCCACCUACGCAAAAGUCGAGUCCCACUGA